CCUGCCGGGACGGAGCCUGCGCCGAGCUCCGGCCGCGCUGUGCCGCCCGAGCCUCCGUCUCACCGGAGCCGUCUGCGGAGUGCGGCGGGGAGCGGACCCCCUCCCCCUUCGCUUUCCCUCCGGCCUCGGAGGAUGAGGAGCCCGCACCGCCGAUUAGUAGAAAUAUGCAUUUCCAUAAUAUUACCUUUGAACUAAUGAAGUGGAAGUACAGAUGAAAACAGUCUGGAGGAAGCUUGAAGUACAGUACAGUUUCAUUCAGUUUCCCAAUAUUGAGGAAACAAAGUUGGAAAAGUUACAAAAGCAUCUUUCCAGUCAAGCACCAAAUCUUGUAUUAGGCUUCACCGGACAGACUAAGCUUAACAUUUGUCAAGCAGAAGGACCAGUUGCCUUGCACAGGAAGGAUUAAAAGUGAACAAUGACUCAAUUGAGAGUUUAUGAGCGAUUGCUUGGAGCCUAUCUGCUGAUCAUUCUCUGUGUUCAAGGUCAAAAUCUUGACAGCAUGCUUCAUGGCACAGGAAUGAAGACCAAUCCUGACCAGAAGAAACAAGCGAAUGGAGUAACACUUGCUCCAGAGGACACCUUACCUUUUCUUAAGUGCUACUGCUCAGGACAUUGUCCAGAUGAUGCUAUUAAUAACACAUGCAUAACUAAUGGGCACUGCUUUGCUAUCAUUGAGGAAGAUGAGCAUGGAGAACCCACACUUGCUUCUGGCUGCAUGAAGUAUGAAGGUUCAGACUUCCAGUGCAAGGACUCACCUAAAGCACAGUUACGUCGAACAAUCGAGUGCUGUCGGACUGAUUUCUGCAAUCAGGAUUUACAACCAACAUUACCACCACUUGACAGUACAGAUGGGUUCUUUGAUGGCAGCAUUCGUUGGAUGGCAGUGUUGAUUUCUAUGGCAGUCUGCAUAAUUGUCAUGAUCAUCUUAUUUAGCUGCUUUUGUUACAAGCAUUACUGUAAGUCGAUGGCAAAGAGGCACUGUUACAAUCGUGACCUGGAGCAAGAUGAAGCAUUUAUUCCAGCUGGGGAGUCAUUAAAAGACCUUAUUGACCAGUCACAGAGUUCUGGGAGUGGAUCAGGACUACCGUUAUUGGUUCAGCGCACUAUUGCCAAACAAAUUCAGAUGGUGAGGCAAGUUGGAAAAGGACGAUACGGUGAAGUGUGGAUGGGCAAAUGGAGAGGUGAAAAAGUUGCAGUGAAAGUGUUCUUCACCACAGAAGAAGCUAGUUGGUUCCGAGAAACAGAGAUUUACCAAACUGUUCUAAUGCGUCAUGAAAACAUCCUUGGUUUCAUAGCUGCAGAUAUUAAAGGCACUGGCUCCUGGACACAGCUGUACUUGAUCACAGAUUAUCAUGAAAAUGGAUCGUUGUAUGAUUUUCUGAAAUGCACUACAUUAGACAACAGGGCUCUCCUCAAACUGGCGUAUUCUGCUGCAUGUGGUCUUUGCCAUCUACACACAGAAAUUUAUGGGACCCAAGGCAAGCCUGCUAUUGCCCACAGGGACCUGAAGAGUAAAAACAUCUUGAUAAAGAAAAAUGGAACCUGCUGCAUUGCAGACUUGGGUCUUGCAGUCAAGUUUAACAGUGACACAAAUGAAGUUGAUGUUCCCUUGAAUACUAGAGUGGGAACAAAACGUUACAUGGCUCCAGAGGUCCUAGAUGAAAGCCUGAAUAAAAACCAUUUCCAACCAUACAUCAUGGCUGACAUUUACAGUUUCGGGCUGAUCAUUUGGGAAAUGGCUCGGCGCUGUGUCACAGGAGGUAUUGUUGAAGAGUAUCAGUUGCCAUAUUAUGACAUGGUGCCAAAUGAUCCAUCCUAUGAGGACAUGAGAGAAGUGGUGUGUGUCAAACGCCUACGCCCAGUAGUAUCAAAUAGAUGGAAUAGUGAUGAAUGUUUAAGAGCAAUAUUGAAAUUAAUGUCUGAAUGCUGGGCUCAUAAUCCUGCUUCGAGGCUCACUGCCUUGAGGAUCAAGAAGACACUUGCCAAGAUGGUGGAAUCACAAGAUGUAAAGAUUUGACAUAGAAAAUUGACAUUGGAGAGCAAAGCUGGACUCCUAGAUGAGUCACUCAAACAUGAGUGAGACCUAUGUGGAAAGAGGAAAUAACUGAGAUUCAGUAUAUUUUCUCAGCACACUUCUACAGGCUGCUAAUAAAAUCUUUCAGUACGUCAUAGACUGUGAUACUGAGAGCCUCUAUACACUACGUGCUACGUAAAUGGACAGCCUUGAUAAAAUACAUGUUUUGGUUUUGUUUGAGCUGCAUUGAGACUUCAUUCAUACAUAGUGAGUCUCCAGUAAAACUCUGGGUACUGAAUUGAAUGUUCAGAUUACAGUGCUUUCUGUGAAAGCCUCACAAGCUAUAUGGAUUCAACAGAGAUGGAGAAUAUAAGCUUUUUUUUGUUUGUUUUUGCCUUCUACCUGAUAAAACCUAGUCAAUCCAUACCAAGUUUUUGUGAAACAGGCUGUAGGUUAUGAAUCUGUUUGCGAUACUACUCAGUUUAACAGUUGCCUUUAUGUGUGUGCCAGGAUUAUUUUGCUGUCAUUUGGGAUAGAUAAGAAAUAAUUAAAUGAACAAAGUUUUACAAUCAGGGUUCCAUGCAUUUUGUAGCUCCACAAUCAAGCGAUUUGCUACAGAAUCCUUGCUAUUAAGUUAUCUUCCUAAUCUCAGUUUUAAUUUUAUUUCAGUUUUAUUUCUGUUCUUGUUUCGGUCAUAAGGAGAACUGCAAAAAACAUUGACAGAUUAAGGAGUGCCUGCCUAAGUCUGUAAAGAGCUGGAAACAAUCUCUCUUAGAGGCACAGACUGCUUUGGUCACCUCACAGUCUGGUGGGCUUAUAAUUGGAUGACUAUGAAAUUUGACAUAUUUUUCACAGUGCCACACGCAACCAGCAUUUUUGCUGUUGAAUACCUUACAUCCUAACAGAAGGGACAGUUGAUGACGUGUUUUGCCUUUCUCCUUUAUUGGGAUUCACUGGUAGGUGCCCAUUUUGCUCUGACUUUUUUUCUGUACAGGAGGAAAUUGGUCAACUAUAGGAGCAUGGUUUUUCAUUUGACAAAACUAGGCAGAAGGUAAGUUUUGAAAGGCUUGAGAGCAAGUCUAAUUUACAGACACAAAAAUGGAAGGCAGGAAGCACAGGCUGGGCUCUCAGAAGAUUAGACAAUGCAGUAAAGGUCAGGACCAGGAGAACUGAAUAUAUGUGAACUGUUAAAGAUACACAGCAUGAAGAUUUUUGAGCUGGGUUGCCCUGAUGUAAAUGCAGGAGACCACAUCUGUGGAUCACGUUGUGAACAGUCACAAAACUCAAGAUUUUAGACAAGGUAAAUCAGUGGGUAUUUUAAGUACUACUUAAGCACACUUGGGAGGAAUGGCACUGAAAGAUAAUUUAUGAAGAUAAAGUUAACAUAAUUGCAAAAUUUGGUCUUACUGUGCCAACUAUUUGGCACGUACAGGAAACUGUAGUACCCUCCUUUUCUUCACUGAUACAAGUUGUUUAAAAGCCAGAAUCCCUCCACGAGGUUACUGUUAAGCAGAUUUAUUGAUUUAUAACUCCUUUGGCACUUCUACUUUGAAGUUAGAAAACAGUACCAUAACUCAAGUUGAAGCUUCAAAUGCGUGAACUGUCUGAAGAUUGAACACACAGUAUUGGAACCAUUGCAUUGAACCUGUUUGAUAAUUUAAGUGCCUAUAACUUUGUACUGUAAACCUUGUUCUAGAUAACGUUAAGAAGGGAAGUUAUUUAUGUGGUGUGUUUUGUGCUUUACUAAAAAAAAGAUAAACAUCAACCACCUAGUCCUAGGUAGAUGUAUACAGUUAGAUACAUGCACAGACAUAUGCCAUAGUCAAGAUUUGAAGAAAAAAAGCUGAGAAUAAUACUAAAAUUGAUGAAAAAAUGUUAAAACUUCAGAUUUAUGCCAUAUUAUUUGUUGUCUUAAAAUAUGUACAUGGAGAUUGUUUUGACAUCUGUUUAAAUUUCCCUUGAAAAUACAACUAAGAGAAAACAAUGUAAUGCAGAACUAAUGUGAUUUGUGAACAGUUAAAACUGAACUUCUUUUUGUUUUGUUGUAAUUCUGUAGUUCACAUAAUGUAAAUGGUCAGGCAAAAGAUGGCAGUAUUUUUUAUUUUCUAUUGUGAUGUACAGACUUUAUUUAACUGUUCUACGUAUUUUAUAGAAAACUAGCUAUUUUGAGGGACUUUUUUUUUUAAUAAAGUCAUUACUUUUGUUCAGUAAUGCCUUUAAGUAUUAAUAAGUAUUCUGGCCGAGAAGUUCAUAGGUGUGUCAACUAUGGUUUUAACUUAUUUGAAAACAGCAAAAGAUAUAUGAUACUAUACCACGAUCCUUAUGAUAAAGGGCUUUUUAAAGACAACAUUUCUCCGUCCAUUGCCAAGAAACGUGUGAUGAGUUGCAAUUGUUAAUCAUGUCGUCGCGCAUAAUUUUUGCACAAGUAGUUGGAAAAGAUUUGGUAUGAGCCAAAAUAUGUAAGGGAUAAGCUUUUAUUUUUUUCCUUCUCUAGGAUUUAUAUCAAUAAGAAGGAAGAACGUUGAGGUGCCCUCCUAGCUUAAACUUUCGGAGCAGUGAGGUCUAUUUAAAUUAACCAAUUCCUAUUUAAAAUUGUUAAAAGUUGCCACAGCAUUAUUAGCUAUGAACUUUUUUUACUUCAUUUCCCCCGAGUGUUCCUCAGCUGCUGCUGGAGGUGUGAAUUUUGAUAAUUUGAAACUAUUCACUUAUUUUCUCCUCCAUUGUUAGGCAUUUGCAAAGCAAGAAGGUGCUGAUCUUUGGUAGACAUCUUAAGACUUACAUUGGUUUACACAUUAACACAGAAGACGUGAGCUGGCUGCUGUAAAGAUGAUCUUGGAGAGAAGAGGAAUAUUUUUGCCUUGAGCUUUAACCUUCAUUUUUUCAAUGCUUCAGUUACUAGGUUCACACUCAGUUUUCAUUGUCUUUAACAGGAGCUGCUAGGUCUUUAGCAUUCCUUGAUUCCCUGAUACUCCAAAAAAUGUUACCAGUAAAGGAUCUGGCUGCAUAAAGUACUUGAGCACAUACCUACAUUCCAUGCAAUGUCAGUCACUGUUUGGUGCUGAAGUGUGUCUAUACUGAUAUUUUAACAAUUAUUUUGGAGGAAAAAAAGACCAACCCAGCCUUCAGUCAAAGCUAGCCCAAGAAUUUGUAUAUAAUAUUAAGUAUACUUAGUGCAGAUUCUAAUGCUAAGUUGUUGCUUUAUGCAGUAUUGUAGUUCAGAAGCCUUUAAGGUCAGGGAGGGUAAUAGGAUCCUUCUGUUGGAAUAUGAUGAGUCUCACUUUGGUCAAAAUUUUAAGCACUUGUCAUUAAAAAAGAAAGAAAAAAAAUCCCCCUAAACUGGCAAAUGUGUCCUCAAUGUUUGUUGUUAAUCAAAAUAUCUUGGGGAGUGUCAGAACUGUGCCUUGGAAGUUCUUAAACAUUCACAUACAGAUGAGGUAUUUUUGUCUUUAAGACAAUGCUCCAUGUGAUUUCAGUUAGGUGGAAAAUAAUUUGAGUCACGUAAUUCUUACUGUUACAACAACUGAAAGUUUUAGUGUUCCUUGAUAACUUGUAAGUUCCACAAGAAACAGGAUAUUCCUACAGACAAAUGUAGGUUUACAUUUUGAGUUUAUUCUGAGUUUUACUCAACAUGUAAUUUUUCCUCAGGGUUUUUCCCUCCCCCCCCCCAAGAAAUUGACAGCUUUUCCAAUAUCCAUCACUUUUUCUGAAUUAUUUCCUUAAUCGGUGUAAUCUGCGGUAUUAAUAAAAAGUAAAAUUAAUAUUUUAGGUUACCUUCAUAGUAGUCUAGAAUUAAAUCUUAAAUCUUGAUCUAAAUGGCCAUUUGAAUGUGUUUAUAAAACAAAUAAUUUGGAUCUAUUUCACCUACUCUUCCUUCACAGACUGUAUUUUAAUGGUCUAAAAUGUUUGAAAAGCAAAGAUACUAAAUUAAAACGCAUUCUUCUGCUAUUGCAGAUAUUUUUAAAGGGAAGUUACACGCUCCUCUUCUGACAGAUAUUAAAAUGAUUUAGCACUUCCUCAUUCUGACAAUGCUUCUGAAGUCAAAAGCCUUUAUCCACGAUCUUUAUGCCAAAUAAGAGUGAUGUCUAAAAAUGGCUGGCAGUGUUGCAUGGUACAGUGCUUUAUGGAGUCAUGGUGUAUUAGCCUUGAUUGGUGUAGCAGAAGUGGAUUGCACAUUACUUCUAAUUUCUGAACAAAUCUCAUGUGAUUGUUGCUUUGUACUGUUUUACCAUUUGAAUGCAAUUAUAGAAGCCCACAUCAUGUAGUGACAUUUGUGCUCUGACAUGCCAUGCCCAAAAUGAAAUGUAUUAUAUUGUAUACAAGAAGAAUAAAUAACAUUGUAGUUAACCUAGAGAAGAUGUAAAUAAAAUAUGAAAGAAGAGUGGAGCAAGACAAAUGGUCACACUCUUGUGUGUGUUAUAUGCCAGAAGUGUAGAAUACUCCUCUAAAAAUGUAACACACUGAUGUAUUUUGUACAGCAUCUGCUUUAGAAGGUGCCUUAUUGAGUUUACCAUGAAUUGCUUGUUCUGUACACAGAUCAUGUCCAAUGUAUCAUUUUUAAGUAAAUAACCUUAUUUUAGUA